CCAAGUCUGUAUAUGCAGGCGCUCUAUGUUUCUUCAACGACAUUCCACAAACAUAUUCAAACUUCCAAGUUUCAAACUUUCUCAUUUCAUCAACUUGUAAAUUCUUAAUCUUUAGGCACCCACGUACAAUCAAAUUCAUCAUUCUUUCAAUUUGUUUAGCUUCUCAAUCCUAGUGGAGACCCCAGAAAAAUCAUGUACUCGAACUCGAAAACUAAUUCAUGGCGCUCUGUUCUGUUGUGUUCAUCCAUUUUCUCACUCAUCAUCGUGAUCACAGCUGAAGUUGUAGCGGGAGAUUCUGUAGACACAGACAUGGAAGUUUUGCUGAGUCUUAAAGCUUUUCUUCAAGAACAUAACAAAGUAAACCAAGGCAGAUACUCAGAAUGGAAUCAAAACAUUAACCCCUGUACUUGGCCUAGAAUUAAAUGCAACAGCGAGAGCAGAGUUACCGGAAUCUAUCUAUCCGACAGCAAAAUAUCCGGUGAAGUUUUCGGAAACUUCUCGGCCCUGACACAUCUUUCGGAGCUGGACCUGUCCGAGAACACUCUCGGUGGAGCUAUCCCGGACGACUUGAGUCAAUGCCAGAGCCUCAAGAAAUUGAAUUUGUCACAUAACAUUCUAGAAGGUGAGCUGAGAUUGCAGGGGUUGAGUCAACUGGAGGUUCUUGAUUUGUCUGUGAAUAGGUUUUAUGGGGAUAUGAAGAUUAGCUUCCCUGAAAUUUGCAAGAGCUUGGUGGUGGCAAAUGUGUCUUCCAACAACUUUACCGGUAGGAUUGACCAGUACUUUGAAGAGUGCUAUAAUUUGCAGUACUUGGAUUUGAGCUCAAACAAUUUUAGUGGCGAUGUGUGGGUUGGAUUCGCAAGGCUUAGGGAGUUUUCGGCGUCUGAGAAUUAUCUCAGUGGGACUAUUUCGCCUUCUAUCUUCAAUGGCAGUUGUAGCUUGGUGAGUUUGGACCUGUCAGUGAACAAUUUUUCUGGUGAAGUUCCAAAGGAGAUUUCAAAUUGCCGGAAUUUGCUUACGUUGAAUCUCUGGGGGAACGAAUUUACAGGGCUAAUUCCAUCUGAGAUUGGAAGCAUUCGGAGUCUGGAGACUUUGUUUUUGGGAAAUAACAGUUUCUCUAGAGUGAUUCCGGAAGCCCUUUUGAAUUUGAGCAACUUGGUGUUCUUGGAUUUGAGCAGGAAUAAUUUUGGUGGAGAUAUACAGGAGAUUUUUGGGAGAUUUACACAGGUGAAGUUUCUUGUGCUGCACUCAAAUUCAUACAUAGGUGGUAUAUAUACAUCUGGAAUUCUCAAGCUACCUAAGGUUACUCGUUUAGAUCUGAGUCACAACAAUUUUACAGGUUCUUUACCACUUGAAAUUGCUGAAAUGCCAAGUUUGAAGUACUUAUUCCUUGCCUACAAUCAAUUCAGUGGAACUAUUCCACCAGAGUAUGGGAAUUUGUCACAGCUCCAAGCAUUAGACCUUUCUUUCAACAGCCUAACCGGGUCCAUCCCCGCCACCAUAGGAAAGUUGAGCUCUCUCUUGUGGUUGAUGCUUGCUGAUAAUUCUCUAACAGGUCCAAUUCCUAGGGAGUUAGGGAAUUGUACUAGCUUGUUGUGGCUGAACCUUUCCAACAACAAGCUCAAUGGAACAAUCCCAUAUGAGUUGAAGAACAUAGGGACAAAUGCUGGUUCAACAUUUGAAUCAAACAAUAAGAUCAAGGAUCAAAUCGUAGCUGGAUCCGGGGAGUGCUUAGCAAUGAAGAGAUGGAUUCCAGCAGACUACCCUCCAUUUAGUUUUGUGUACACAAUCCUCACCAGAAAGAGUUGUCGAAGCAUAUGGGAUCGGCUACUUAAAGGAAAUGGCCUUUUCCCCAUAUGUGUUGCUGGUUCUGCAGUAAGGACCUUCCAAAUCUCAGGUUAUGUACAACUAAGUGGCAACCAACUAUCAGGUCAGGUCCCUCCAGAGAUUGGUGAGAUGAAAAAAUUUAGUAUGAUGAAUUUGGGUUUCAAUCAAUUAACUGGAGAACUCCCUGCAGGGAUAGGACAAAUUCCACUAGUAGUGUUUAACCUCACUAGGAACAGUUUCUCAGGCGAAAUUCCAAUGGAAAUUGGGAACAUUAAGUGUAUGCAGAAUCUUGAUUUGUCCUACAAUAACUUUUCUGGUACAUUUCCUGUAAGCUUAAACAGCGUGAAUGAUCUAAGCAAGUUCAAUAUCUCAUACAAUCCACUCAUUUCUGGUGUUAUUCCUUCAAGUGGGCAGUUGGCAACAUUUGAAAAGGAGUCUUACCUUGGUAAUCCUCUACUUGUUCUACCGGAGUUUCUCACCAACUCCACAGAUCACUCAAGAAACAAAGCAACUAGUUUUUCAAGAAAGCCUGCAAAGAUUGCUGCUUAUUUGGUGUUUUUGCUAGUACUGACCUUCUUGAUAUGUGGAGUCUUUUCACUUAUUAUGUUCUUACAUAUGAAGAGCCCAGCAGACGAGCCACAAGGGUAUCUGCUGUCACACCGUAGAUACCGGCAUGAUUUUGCAUCAAGCUCAAACUCUUCAUCACCUUGGUUAUCAGAUACUGUCAAGGUCAUUCGACUGGACAAAACAGCUUUCACACAUACCGACAUUUUGAAGGCCACAGGAAACUUUUCAGAAGGGAGGAUCAUAGGGAGAGGAGGGUUUGGAACAGUGUACCAAGGAGUGUUGCCUGAUGGUAGAGAAGUAGCAGUGAAGAAGCUUCAAAGAGAAGGACUUGAAGGCGAAAGGGAAUUCCGAGCUGAGAUGGAAGUUCUUACUGGAAAUGGGUUUGGAUGGCCUCACCCAAAUCUUGUGCAACUUCAUGGUUGGUGUCAUGAUGGUUCAGAGAAAAUACUAGUCUAUGAGUUCAUGGAAGGUGGGAGUUUGGAGGAUAUUAUAUGUGACAAAGUAAGACUAAGAUGGCGCAGGCGUAUUGAUGUUGCAGUGGAUGUGGCUAGAGCCUUGGUGUUUCUACAUCACGAGUGCUUCCCUGCUAUCGUGCACCGUGAUGUGAAGGCUAGCAAUGUGCUGCUAGAUAAGGAUGGAAAGGCAAGAGUGACAGAUUUUGGGCUGGCUAGAAUUGUUGAUGCAGGGGAUAGUCAUGUAAGCACAAUGGUGGCUGGGACUGUUGGUUAUGUUGCACCAGAAUAUGGACAGACAUGGCAAGCCACAACAAAAGGAGACGUGUACAGUUAUGGAGUCCUAGCAAUGGAAUUGGCAACCGGAAGGAGAGCAGUGGAUGGAGGAGAGGAGUGCCUGGUGGAAUGGGCCAGAAGGGUGAUGGGAAACGGACGGCUAGGAUUCAAUCGUUCUGUGAUGCCGGUUAUGCUUAUGGGGUCUGGACUGGUUGAUGGGGCUGAAGAGAUGUGUGAGUUACUAAGGGUUGGCAUAAAGUGCACAGCUGAGGCACCGCAGUCUAGACCAAACAUGAAGGAAGUUCUAGCAGUGCUGAUAAAGAUAGCCAAUAUCCAAGGGGAUUUUAGUUAUGGUUCUCCUCCCUCAUUUUGAUAAUUUUUUAGCCUAGGCUAUGUCCAUAUCCAUUUAUAAUGCUAAAAUUUCUUUAUAGUUUAUAUUUAAUUGCAUAGAAUUCAUUAU